GGCGCAUCCUGAGCGAGUGUGAGGUCCUCCAAGUCGAGAACCUUAUGUUUGAAAAAUACAUGGACCACACUGGCAUAGCAAAAUUUUCCGCUACUCUCAAUGACUCUGUCGACGUUAUUUCUCCGAGCUCCCGAGUACGGUCCUGGCAGCCGACCAAGAUAUCCGAGGUUCCAAACGUGAAUGUACCUUCUCAACUUGUAAGGCUAUCAGCUGAAAGAAAAUGUAAGAUAGCACAUCAAGAACAGGCAGAAGCCAAGAAGGAAAUUGCUUUUUUGAUAAAAUCCAGUGAAAAUCUUAUCAAUGAGUAUAAGGCUCGUAUCGAACAACUUCUUAGGGAGACAGAAGACAUCGCUAAGGAGAGAAGGUCAUUCAGCAAUCUGGUUGUGCGGGUUGUUAAUACUUCAGUAGGGCGUCAUCAUGGACACCGAACUUUCCUGAGCUUCCAUCAAAACUAUUUGAGGCGCAAGGACGACUGCAUAAGGAACAUGCUUCUAGAGAAUGAACAAUUCCGCUCGAACUUGAGGAGGUUGUCACGGCAAUUGCUUCGGGAAAAAUCUUCGAAUGAGGCAACGCUCCCAGUUGACUUGGAAGAGCUACAAAUCAAGAUCUGUGCACGCAUGCGGCAGGCCCGCGAAAUCAAUUCGCGAUGCAUGACAGCGAAAUGUUUUUCGAACUACUGUACCCAUAAUUGCAGUGUGCAAAAGGUUCAAUUGGAUAAGGCGCUUGUAGAAAAACAGAGGCUCGUUAAAGCUACUGAACGGGUUCUUUCGAUGGUCAAAAGAGUGGAACAUCGGAUAAGAGCCUAUUCUGAUUUGCACCUCGAGGAAUGGCAUGAGAAGCAUUGCUUGCGAGCAAACAUGGAAACGUUCCGCGUCCCCACCGUCUCUGAUUUCAUUCACUGCGUCAAGCAAAAUGAAGAACUAACCAAAAAACUUGUCGUGCACAAUCGAAAAUUGCGAAUCGCCAAGCUCUCUCUGGAUGCGCAUAAGAAAGCAUGGUCUCAAAUCAAGCGUUAUAACCCAAAGUGACUGUUAAAGAUGAGUCCGAUAGCUUUUGUACCGUCGUUUGCUGUCACCGGUACGAAUCUUCCCGACAGCACAUUGGGCUGCACUCCAUUCCAAAGGAAACACCGGGACGAACUGGAAUGGCUCAGCCCGGUUGGACUGUGUUGAAAGCUGUGCAUACGCUCUUGCAACGCUCUUGCUCCAGCAUGUUCAAUCCACCAAUUUGAUCAAGUGGAUGAGCUCGCGUUGAAAAGCACUGCACCUGAAACCCGUUUCCAUUUUCAACCGGUGCUUUAAUUCAGUCACACGUGACUGAAACGUGCACCUCAUUGAGUUUCGCUUGCUGUGUGCUCUCUGCAGCAGCAACGUAUAUGAACCACUCCUGAUGACUGGUUUAACCAUUGGAGCACCAUCUUUACAGAUCAACUCUCAUUGAUCCAGUAAAGGCGAUGAGUUUUGUGCUCACCUUUACACAUAAAAGAUGGUUACUAUCUUGC